AGUAGUGUUAUAUAUUAUUGUACGCUAGGGCAAGUGAAGCCCAACUGAGAAGCCCGCCAGCUGAUGCCCGGCCCGCUUUUCCGAAGUCGACCCUUCCUUCCUUGUUCCUCCCUUUACCCGCUCUCUCUCUCUUGCUCCGCUGCUUCGUCUUCCUCAGGUGCAGAAAUUGCCAUUGUCCAGUUUUACCGCCUUCACUCAGUCAAUUCCCAGAAGGGCCACAAGGACUCAAUUAACCAUUUUUUUGAAGAAGUUUAGUGAAUGGAAUAAGAGGUUUUGGAGGUUUAACCCUUCUUAAAUUGUAAUCCCGACUGCGAGGAGCAACGAAAACUGGACUUGUAAUAUGGAGGAAAUAGAGGCAUUGUGGAAAGAAGUAAGGGAGCUAAGUCUAGGCGAGUCGGGAAGAGUGGAGCGGUUGGAGUUCCCACCCACCCCUCUCCAAUUCCUUAGAGAUUAUGUUAACCAAAACAAGCCCUGCAUUAUAUCCAAUGCCACCCUCCACUGGCCCGCCCUCUCCUCCUGGACCGACGAUUCUUAUCUCACUGAAGCCCUCUCCUCUGCUGACAUUUCCCUUCACCUUACUCCGCACGGCCAGGCUGAUGCCCUCGUCCCCUUGGAUGGUUCUCUUUGCUUUGCGUCUGCUCACGUGCAGCGCAUGCCCUUCCCGAAAGCUCUCAGACUCAUCACCAACAAUGACUCCCAAUCGAAACUGGUGGCCUAUGCGCAGCAGCAGAACAACUGCUUUCCAUCAGAGUACUCGGCUUUAGCUGGGGAUUGUGACCCCCAUAUCCCAUGGGCCAGUGAGGCCCUUGGCUGCCUCCCUGAUGCAGUCAACAUGUGGAUUGGCAACCAUCUGUCUACAACAUCGUUUCAUAAGGACCACUAUGAGAAUCUCUAUGCUGUUGUGACUGGGCAGAAGCAUUUCCUGCUCCUUCCUCCCACUGAUGUGCAUCGAAUGUAUAUCCGCGGCUACCAAUCUGCCCAAUAUGCGUAUUCUCAUGACAUUGGAGAGUUCACGUUGGAACUGGAGAAGCCAGACAGAUAUGUGCCUUGGUGUAGUGUCGAUCCUUACCCUUCUCCUGAGGACAGGGAUAAGCAGCUAUCUGACUUUCCUUUGUAUUUCGACGGUCCUAAGCCCUUUCACUGUACUGUCAACCCUGGAGAGAUUCUUUACCUGCCAAGCAUGUGGUUUCAUCACGUUAGACAAACUCCAGAUAGCAGAGGACGCACUAUUGCUGUGAACUACUGGUAUGAUAUGCAGUAUGAUAUCAAGUAUGCUUACUUCAACUUUUUGCAAUCAAUUCAUUGCCUAUCCGUUAAUGCUCCAACACUGGCUGAGAAAGUGUAUGAGGAUUCAGAUUCAGAUUCGUAGGCAUGUUGUCGAAGGAAUGAAUUGUGUUCCGAUUGGACUAUAGCACAUUUAGCAGGACCAGAGAAGAUUUAGGGAGUGAUGGAUGAUCACCGAUCAUUAGUCUGGGUAUCAGAUUUGUCAUUAGUGGACUGCACAGACUGGGAAGCCAAAGAGAUCUCUGAAAGUGAACAAUACAGCAUUGUUGAGUUGGACCCAAAUGUUAGUUUUGGCCUGGCGAUUUCAUGAUUUGUGACCAUUGUAGAAGUGAGGGAAGUAUGAUAGAUUAACUAUUUGUGAUGGAGAACACUGUUAGCUUGUGGAUUGUUUAAUCAAACAUUGCAAACACACGAUGGAUUCAAAUGUCAGGGGUUAUACUCUCAUUCUGGGGGAGGUGUGAAACUUCUGAAAAUGUGAGUUGCUAGGUUUCACGACUUUCUCUGAGUUGUUUGGUUUCAUAUACCUUUUGUUCUCAUGCUCGUGUUUGUUUUGUUGAGGUCUGUUGUUGAUCAAUAUCUACUGGUUGCGUUCUGAAUUGUAUUUUACUCCUCAACACUGUAUUUUCCUUUCCAACUUGACAACACGGGUCACUCAUUUUUGCAAGCUUUCGGCAAGGAGCUGUAUUGUUAGGGAGGAUCAGCUGUGAGAUAUGUUCAACUACCCCUAGAGGGAAUCGAUGGAACUGCUGCAUGAUGCUGCCACCACAAGGGAAGCUCGGGGCGACUGUAGACACUGUCACACUGGUGGAAGGCCUGUUUGAGCACUCAUAUUCUGUAAUUGCUAUGCUUCAUGUUUACUUUUAUCCCAAUACAUUUUCGAAAAGUUCAUACGUGCUGCAGGUUAUGAUUAUGUGGAGCAUUUUUGCUACCCAAUGCAAGUUUUUGGUCUACUUACGAAUAAAUAUGAUAAUUGAUUGCGUUGUAA